GGUCAGGCGGCUCGGGGCCGUGAGGAGGCGACAGCGGCAGCAGCAGCAGCAGCAGCGGCAGCAGCAACACCGGGAGCGGGGAAAGCGGGCGGAGGUCCCGGCAUGAGAUCGGGCACCGAGCAUGUCCGGCGGCGAGAGAGACUCGGAGGUGGAAGAAGCAGGACAGGUUUUCCUGCUUAUGAAGAAGGAAUAUCGGAUAUCCCGCAACGUGAGAUUAGCUUGGUUUCUCAGCAAGCUCAAUCAAAACAUUCGCCCAAUGUCGCAGUCAGAGCUCCUCAACUCCAAGAAUGAACUGGAUGUUUUCAGUGUCCUACCAAAGGGCUGGCAGCAGGGUGACCCUGUUACUGCUCACACUUACCAAUUAGUACCCUCAACCCAUAUUACCUUUCUUGCUCAGCGAUAUAGGUUUGUUAUUGAAUUGGAUCUCAGUCCAUCCACGGGGAUUGUGGAUGAUUCCACUGGUGAGCUGAUCUUUGAUGAAGUAUUUCACGCACUCUCUAAAUGUUUGGUGGAAUUGUUGCGACCAUUUAAGAUCCCAGGUACAGACAUAGUGUUUCAGCCUGAGAUCUUCAUUACAAUCCUUGCUUAUUCUUCCAUCAUAGGACUUCAAACUCAUCAGGUUUUGGUUCAAGGCUGUCUGUUGGAUCAAGCCAAUUUAGAAACUUACCACCAGAAUAUCUAUCAACAAUUGCGUGCAUUUGAAAACAAUGUAGCUGAAGUUCUUCAACAACAUUAUAAACCCAAAGUGCAGUGUGAUCGGUCAACUUUAUCCCAAGGAGAUACUGCUGAUGUUUUUUAUGAUCAGUCUUCACAGAAGAUACCUUUUUCCAUGGUUACAUCUGAUAUGGGGCUCGUCAACAUGAUCCGCAAUGGCAUUCUUGCACUUCAGUUACUGCCAUCCAACUCCAGUGCAGGUAUAAUAAUCAUUACUGACGGUGUAACAAGUGUACCAGAUAUUGGAGUGUGUGAGACGUUGUUAAACCAACUACGCUGUGGGAUGAUUGCCUGUUCCUUUAUACAGGUUGGAGGUGUCUACUCGUAUGAUUGCAGUUUUGGUUAUGUACCGAACUUGGAACUAAUGAAAUUCAUUUCCAUGGCAACGUUUGGCUCGUACAUGCCCACGUGCCCGGAAAUUACUGAGAAUAACCUGAACAUGAAUGCCUGUCACAAAGCGUUCCUACUGUACAGCUUCUUGAGACCCGGAGAGUCCAUGAACCCAGAGUAUUACUGUGUGUCUCAGCACAAACUAUUCAAUGAACAUCUCGUGUCUGCCAGCAGUAAUCCUGCACUGGCCAUGAGACGGAAGAAGCACGCUGAGCAUGAGGUGCAUGCAGACCUUGUCAGUGUUGUGUCUGUAAGAUUGCGGGAGGGCUACACUGUGAAGGAACUUAAUAUCACCAAAGCUGGAACUCAGUUAGAAGUCAAGCUGGUGCUUCUUUGGAAACAGAACAUGAGAAUCGAGUACCUGGUGGUAGCUUCUUGGCCCCUGGAUCCAACCAAGCGUUUGACCUGGGUGGAGGUAACAAUGGAGGGCAGCUAUGACAUGCUCCAUGAUAUUAGCUGUACCAUAAGGAAACCCAUUACUAGCCCAUAUCGCACCACAGUAAUCCGUCGUUUCUGGACGACUCUGCAGAGCAUUAAUCAGACGGAUCAGAUGCUGGUGCAUCUCAAAUCUUUCAACACAAUUCCUGAACACUACACUAUCCCGGAAAGCACCAAGAAUGGGGUUCCGUUAUUCUACAUCCCUCCAGGGUCUACAGCACCGGUAUUAUCACUGCAGCAUAGUGGUGCUAAGGACUCCAGUCAAUCCCAGUUUGCCUCUUAUUGGAAACCGAUAUUAUCUAUGGAUGCCAGUUUCUGGCAGCGGUGGCUCCACAUGCAUCGCAUUGGCAUUCUGCUGGAACAUGAUAUCCCAGUGCCAAAGCACAUCCAUACUCCUGGGAGUAAUGGCCGUUACAGCACCAUCCAGUGUCGCAUUUCUCUUUCAGCACUAACUUCCCUUCUAAGGGAUUGGAGUAGUUUUGUGCUGGUAGAAGGAUAUUCGUAUGUUAAACUCCAUUAUAAUGGAGCAGAUCAGCCUCCUUCUUCCUUUUACCUUGUACGGGUUAUUUCCAAAGCUCCAUGCAUGGUACUUCGUCUCGGGUUUCCUAUUGGAAUGCAAGCACAAGCUAGGACUAAGAUUGUGGAUGAGCUACAAAACCAAAUACUCUCAUUGCGAUUUCCCCAGCGGGUGCAGAGCAAAGAAGCAACGCCAAAAGUCAAGCGAAAACUGCUCGGAAAUGCCUCUCCUUCAAAAUCUCCCCCACUUCCCGCCACCCAGCUAGCACUUUCUGAUCGACCUUGUGUUGUAAUAUUGAAGAAGCCACUGGAAAAACUCCUCCUCAGGUAUGAGAAGCUACCAACAGACUAUCGGACUCCCUUUAUCUUGAACCUGGACAACUGUGGACAUCUUGCCUCAAUGUCAGGAGCAACGACAAUGACAACCAAUCGCACAGCUUCAUCCACGUUGGCCUCCCUGUCUCGUUACUUCUAUCAUCAGCGCUGGGUGUGGUCUCUGCAGCCAGCUUUGGGGCCAUCACUACCCAUUAUUUCAGCAGCACAGAUCCUAUCUACUCUUACUGAGAUUCGUUUGUCUGAAGGGUUCCAUUUUGCAGCAACUGGAGAUGGUAUUGUCACCAUGGUGAUUGAAUUGCCAAUAAGGGGCAAUUCGAGAUCCGAAGAUGAUAAUGAUGAGCUCCACACGUGCCUGGUCCAGUACAUCACCUUUCCACCUUACUCCACUUCAACUAAAGACAGUUUUUCUACAGAUGAUGAUAAUGACACAGAGGUUGAGGCCAUUGAACUUGACACAGAGUUAAAUUUGGUGACUGAAUGCUGGGUGGAGCCUCAGAGUGGCUACGUGGUCACUCCUGCUGAUAGUCGAAAGUACUUGAAUGGAUUGUCUUAUUUAGAUGUUCCAAAAGCGAUUUACCCACAAGACCACGCAUGUGUAUCUUCCUUGUUGACUUUUGAACAUCUAAGUCAACUUUGUCAGAAUAAAGAAUCCAUCCUGCCAAUGUGGGGGUCAAGGAGCGCUGAAGCAGAUGACAAUGAAGGAGAGAACGAUUUCAUUCGAACUAUUCCAUUUCAGUUUGAUCUGAUGAAGCUGUUACCAAAAUGCCAACAAAUUGAGUUACUUUUUCCCACUUUGACUAAAGGAGAGGAUGAUGAAAGUUCAAAGGAAACAAAUUCUUUGCCCAAUGAGAUUCUAUUGAAUCUUUUCCAUGGCUCUUUGCAAGAGACCCUCAGUGACCGGGAAUUGCCAUUGUCUGACUCUGAUCAUGCAACUUUUAUGCAGCAAAUUGUUCAGCGGGAUCGAAAUGGUCAUUCCAUUCCUUUCAAUUUACCAGCUGCAAAAGAAGAACCAUUGAAAGUGUCCAAAAAGCCAGAGAGGCAAGAAACCGUGAUGUCAUUGCAUACCCUGGGGAGUAAUAAAGAGGUCAUGGGUUCAACCAGUACCUUGCAGAGUGUUGGAAAUACUGACAUGACAGAAGAUAAUGUAAUUCCAGUUGAAAAUGAGAGUACUCCUCAAUGGAGAUGCUACACCAAAUUUGUGAAUGCGCAGCAAAUCCUACUCACCUUUUUACCAGCCACCUUUACAGAUAUGCAGCGUCUAAUGGGUCCCGAGAUCGACGAGAGUACAAAAAAUGCUGGAGUAGGAAACGAAAAGCUGUUACAAGUAGAAAUCGAGUCAAGUUUGAGUGAGCAUUUGGGAGGAUUAAGCGCAACCUCAACCGUAAAGAAAUCUGAAGUGGGUAGUUUUGGCGGACUUGAUUGUGAAGCUGGCCAAAUCACAAUGAGUGCCUCAAAGAAUAGUAGCACCAAGAUAGAUUCUAUAUCUCCAGCGCAAGAAAAUCAGUCUGCUCAGCCUACAUCAUGUUCGUCUCCAAUCUCGAAAAUUGGCAAUGAAAUGUCAUUAUUUGAUCUAGAAAAGGAGAAUGUACAGCCCGAUACAGAUACCGACUCUGGAUCUUCAGAAAUGAAUAAGGAACGAGUGGAGUUCAGUUUACCCCCGAAGAAAGACUUUCACAUCUCGUUUAGCCGACAGUCAUCUCGGAUUGACUCCAAUGAUCCAAACCGGCUUCAAUGUCCCAUCUACGUAUACAACUGUUCACUAGAUUCAUUGAAAGAGCAACUUGUGAAUUCUUGCAUAGAGCGGUCAAACCGGGACAUUUAUAUCAGGUCCAUGUCACAGGAAAAAUCGGCAAGCUCAUCGUUGAUGGAUCCAGUAUUACAAUUCCACAGGAACAAAGAAGUUGGCAACUAUUGCUGCUUAUUGCAAGAGCACUAUCAUCAAUGUUAUGUAAACGGUGUAUUUAGGAGCUUGCAGCAAUCCUAUUACAUCAGCUCUCAGGAUCUACUAACAGCUACAGAUUACUGUGAGGAGGUGUUACAGGAAAUCGAUAUCACAGCUUUUCUGCAGACACUGUGUGGACACAUAAGAUCGUUCCGUGAAAGUCAUGACCUGCAGCUGUGGAGUGAUCAUGAAUCUAAUCCCACAAAGUUUAUGAUUGGAGGAGGUAACAUUGAGGAUGAAAGAGUGCAGAGGGGUGUUCUUGCUUCUACCUCAAGCAUAGAAACGGAAGAUCUCAAUGAACCGGAUUUGAGGAGUGUUGCAUCUAGUGUUGCAUCUCCUGUGACACAAGAAGAAACUAAAAUAAAGAAGGUCUACCCAGAAUUUCCAGUCUCUCUUCUUCAAUCCAACCAACAGUGUGAAGUCUACCCCAACUUGCACAAAAUCAUUCAGGACAAAUUCCUUGAGAUUGGACGGCAACAUUUCAAGACCGUGCCUUCAAACCCGUACUACUUCUUUUACUGUUCUCCCACAGCCAAAAAAGAGGAAGAAAAUUAUCAGGAUGAAAGGCAAAGAAAACAGAAUGACGAAAACGAUCUCUCUGAGUUGGAGAUGGCAGGGGAGGACGGUAGUACGUCUGGAUGUUGUGUGGUGACGGAGAGUGAUCCAGAUCUGGAGGUGGAAUAUAGGGAAAAAUCUGACAAGGAAUUACAGGAUGCCGAUUCCCUCUCUGACACCAACACGGUGAACAGAGACGAUGAUUCAUUCAGUGUUCUUGGGGGAGAUUCUUUAAAUGAGCAAGACUUUCCUGAUCAGGAGAUGCCACCAUUAUUUAUUCAUCUUACUUGUUCCCUUGGCGGAAAGAAAUGCUGUGGGCCGUUCUCGGUGGAGUCCAUACCAGUGGAGUCACUGCCCACGUGCCUUGGUGAAAUUAUCAGCAGCCUGGAGAAUUUUCCAGUCAAAUCGAUCGAUCUAAAUAAUCUUGUUAUCACCUUGGAUAUUUUUGUGCUGACUCUUCCCUUGGAAAUUGAGAUUAUGCCUGUUGAUGUAAACCACCACAGGUACACAUCGGAAAGUAGCAGUUCCAUGAACCGAUCACCAGGACAACCAUCAUCGUAUCGAUCUGAUGAAGAGCUAAUGCAAAACAUGGAUCAACAUGUUUCCACCACAGAUGAGAGGAUUGCAGAGGCUUUGAGUGAUCCACUUUCCAAACUGCCAACGUUGCACAAACAAGCUGUCCUUGCUACAAUGGAUGAGAUUCAUUGGCUCCUAGAAGAUGAAAUUGUUUCAGCACUGCGCCAUUCAACAAAUAUUACUUUAGCUACUCUACAGAAAGUAUCAGAUCAUGUGUCCAGAUCAAAGGGCAGGCCCCGAUGUCACAGCGAAGUGGUUCCUUUGCAGUUUGUUUUUGGACCGGAGCAAUCACUGGAGAAAUUUAAAGAGGAAUUUAAGCGGAUGAAUCUUCCAGGGUACCACCUCAAUGGAGAAGCAAACAACUUUUAUUACUUAUCUGUGAGCCGCCUGCAUGUGCAGAGGGCAGAGGCAGGGCAGAAGCUUUCCCCAGAACUCCGAAAGCAAAGCCUGGAGAGCGAGUGCCCAGCUGUGGCGAUGGCUAGUGAUGAGAGUGCAGAUGCAGAAGUAGCUCGGAUCUGCCAUCAACGCCAGGAAGGUUGGACAAAACAAGUUGAAGUAGCCAUACCAUUGUCUGUAAUUGACGGAGAGAAGAGUGAAGAGAAGUCACAGAUUUCACUUGAGGAAAGUAAACUGACUUCUGAGAGAACAGUAAUAGCAGCAGGACCUAAUGGAGCAUGCCCUGCAUCAGCUGAACUACUGGAGGAGAACAUGGAUGGGAAAAACUACCUCCCAGUCACACAACCUGACCAACAGGAUAGGGGAUUUACGGUGAUCAGGUCUGAGGGAAUCCUCACCAGCCCGCCUCUCCUGCAAUCGAGCCCAGGUCCUGAGAAAACUCAGGUGGCAAAUCCACCAUCGCAGACGUCUUCUGCUGUGAGUCUUGCCGAGUCUGUACAGUCCAUUAUACCUGGCAGUACAGGUUAUGGCAAGCACAGACCUAGCCGAGUACAGAGUGUGGUCUCCAGUCAGGGCAGCCUGGAUUCUGAUCUUUUAGGUUAUGAUGGAGGUAGCAGUGACUCUGAGUGUGAUGGUGCCACAAUGAAUGAACAGGAUCCCAGAUGCCCGCUGAUGCCUGAAUUUUGGUUGAUCAUCCGAAUUCAUCAAGAUCGAGUUGAAGUUUACUCUCACACACGAAAUCUAAUUGGAAUAAAGGAUGAAUCUACCGUUGAAAAAGAGGAAGAACUUGAGUAUUUGCAGCUCCAUCGAACAGUAGUAAAGAAAAUUGGCGAGAUUUGUCGUGUGGUCAACCAGCGUUUGUUGCUUCAGGAUCUACACGAUAGUCAUGUAUGCAAUUCCUUACUUGUGGCUGAGAGUGAAGAAGAUAUUUGGAAGAAUGAAACCCCAUACACUUCAUAUCGCCCGCGGAUUAUCGCCAGUGAUGAUUAUUCAGCAGAUGAUACCUACCAAGCAAGGGAUUACUUGGCUGCCACAAUGCAGUUUAUACCAGGCCAUUUUGCAUGUGAAGUGGUGUGGAAAACCAUUAUACAUAUUCAUCCUCGACUGAAGAUGGGACCCAACAUGGGUGUUGCAAGAGCUAUUCAGGCCCUGCGUUCAGUUCUAAAUGCUUUCUCAGUUGUGAACAGGAAAAACAUGUUUGUGUACCAGGAAAGGUCUACAAAGUCUGUAUUUUAUCUCAGGCUGUCUGAGACAAUAUGCAGUGGAAAUACACCCGAUUCAGAUAGAGAGUGUCAGUCCAUGCUGUUUUCUCGUUCAUUGGCUCUAACACGCAGUCAGGAACCAAUUCUUGUGGACGAUCUUGGGAUUUUCAAACACUCUGAUUCCACAUCCUCCCGAAGUGCAGAGUCAUCACGACCCAUAGGCCAAGUGGAUAAGCACAUUCUGCUCAUGGUACAUGGCGUAGGACAGGCAGGGCCUGAGAUCACAGACGAGUUGGUGAAGGUUCUGCGGAGGCGUCUGGAUGAGGCAACACUUGAUAUCAUUACCGUCAUGCUUGUCAGGAACUGUAAACUGACUCCUGCUGAUGUAGAGUUUAUUCAGCCUCCUGGGACAGGUCCAACAGAAGUGGUGCAGUUCACGAUCUCUCACAGAUGUCUACCUUGGCUUUAUGCUGCUGCACAUUACCUCCGCCAGAACCUGCUCAUUUUCCUUCAUACGCCAAAGUACACAGACAGUAAUGUGGAGCAUCAUUUCCAGCACUACCCUCACGGAAAAAAUGUAUCUGAUGCAGACAUUUACCUCUACAAUAAGCCUGGCGGUCAAGGAACUGGUGGGAAAGGCAUUGCCUGUAUUGCCUUAUCCAUCGUGGAUCAGCAGGGAAACUCCGUGGUGACAAUUCCACAACUGGCACAAGCAGACCCGUCAAAACUGUGCUUUGGCAUGGAUCUCAAUCAGGAGGCAGAUUUCAACAGCUUGACAAAUGUCUUCAGAUAUGAGAGCAACUCUGAAGGGAAAAUAACAGAGCCAAACACACUUGUACGUUUUGACAUCUGGGAACAGGGGAACAUUAGUCUCCUGCAGCUUACUGAAAAACUUCAGAAUGGCCUCCGUCAUGCUCUUUGCGAUGUUGUGAUGGAGUUUCGAAUGCUCCAGUGCCCUCUGUGUGUGGAGUCUUACUAUCUAGAGAGUGACAGCGGAAAUGGUCAACUCACCAAGUCUGGGUCAGAGAUUAAGGAAGCAAUCAACCUUUCUGGAAGUAAAAACAGUCCUGUGUCCAUGCAAGUUACACCUGUCCAAACCUCUAGCCCGAGUAAUCCAGAAUCUACCACUCCCACGAGCAAGACCAGCCGGCGCAGCUUCUGGGAUAUGCUGAGCAAAACCGAUUUCUCAGACACUGGUACUCCCAAGACAACAGACGACAUAGUUCUGGAGAGGACCAACGACAGUCACAUUCGCAGGAGGCACAAGACGGAGCAUUUAAAGCAAUCUUCCAUUCAAGAGCGAACAUCGACAGUAGAACUGGAGCAAACACAGCGCCAGGCGGUUUCAAGAAGGAAACAGACCAGUCAGCUGGAGGAAGGAGACCUGGGUUCACUGAAUCAGCUUUUCCAUGUCACCUGUCAGCAAUGGAUGGCAUUCAUGGGGGGAAUUGGAUGUCCCUCGGUACAACAGUGCUCUGUUAAUAUUGGCUCCCGGUUUCUACUCAGCUCCAUUCUGACAGAGAUUGUGAAUUUGGUUAGCAGCCUUGCCACUGAUACAACUGUUAAGAUCUUUGAGAAUAUUAGCUCUCCGCAUGGCUCCACGUUCCUGCCGUAUUCGCUCAGUCAGCAUUCCAGUACCCGUCCUGGUGCUGCAAGACAGUUCAUUCUGAUAGGACGGAAUUUCCACCAAUGGCGUUGCAGUACUGAACAAGUUGACUGUGAUGGUGAUGAAAGCAGACCUUUGGUAACUAGUAUCAAACCUCACAAAGGAUUUCAGAGAUUUGAGGCUGUGGAGUUCAGCACCACGGAGAAAUCGGGUGAUCCCACAAGCCCGGGAAUGAAUGGAAAGGGUAUAGUUCCCCGGCAGCGAUUUCUCAUCAUAGACAUUAUCGACAAAAAGUUGAUUUUGUAUACCUAUAAUUGGUCAGUGGAUCUGGGAAUGACAUUAAAUCGGGAAUUAGUUCGUCUCAUCCAGUGGCAAAAUGCACGCUCUCAUGUGGUGCAUUGUCUCCUCGUUCAAAAAAUGGGGCUCUUCCACCACUACUGUUAUGCUGACACACCUGUAUAUGAUGAAUCCAAACAGGAAGCAAAUCCGUUCCUUCAUUCCACAUUGGAAGCUGAUUCACUUAUCAAGAGCCCAACUCCCCCACCAAGUAAGGAACAAGGACGGCUGAGCUCAACAAACAGGAGUCUUCCACCUCUUCACUUCCCACCAGAGAUUGUCCCGUUUGAUGAGGCACUGCGAGACAUCACGGUGCCUAAAACAAUGAAGCAGUCACACGAUGCUGGGCUGUUUGACCCAGUUUCACGCCAUGGCGCACAGUUCCUGGAAAUCAAAAACCUGGAGCGGAGAGAAAUGGAGAAGCAAAUGAAAAUUGAGAACUUAUUUGUGACAUGGCAACAGCGUUCUGCCCAGUCAAACAUGCCCAUCACUGUUGGUGAUCUGGACACCCUGAAACAGUCCUCACGACUAGUUCACUACUGUGCCACGCCAUUGUUGUUUGAUCCCAUUUUCAGACAACAAAUCCAGGCAGAGCAGCAGGUUGGAUCCGAGGGGAAGAAGCGUCAUCGUUCGAGUGACUCCACAGCAUCAGGGAGAGACCGAAGCCAUAGCUGUGAUUCUGUAGAAACAAUGCCUUUUAAGCUGAAGGAGGAACAGUGGCUGGGCGAGAUUUCCAAUGCAUUCAUGCAACAGUAUAUUCAAUAUCUACAGAGCAUGGGCUUUAUCCUGGUACAGGUCCGCCCACCCUCACCGACGAGAAAUUUGGGGCGAACGCGGCCAGUGGAUUCGAGAUCUGUAACUUCUAUCCACAAGCAGAAAAGUGAUGAUAGUCCAAAGAGCAUGGAUGGCUCCAGUGUAAUAACCUAUCAUCUUCAAAGAGCUCUUCCAGGUGGAAUAGUGCUCAUGGAACUUGCUUUUCAGGGUUGUUACUUCUGUGUGAAACAAUAUGCCCUUGAAUGCUCCCGGAUUCCAAUGGGACAAACUGUCAAUUCCCAGGGCUCUCUAGUGUCCAAAGCUCGCGUCAAGUGCCUUGCCGAAGUGAGUUCGGUCUCAGAGUCAGCGCUUUCAAUGUUGUUCACAGAGGAGUGUGACAAGGUGCGGGAUCUAAUGCACGUUCACUCCUUCAGUUAUGAUUUCCAUCUGCGGAUCAUUCAUCAAUAUCUGGUUGGCCGGCAAAUGACUCUGAGACAGGGAUACCACCUCACUAGCUUCCUGGAAGAUUUUAUCUGUCACCAUCCAGAUAUUCCAAAGUAUGGAAGGAAUCACAUCUUUGAAGGGACUAUAGCCCUCUCCACAAACAUGACAACAGCUCAUCAGCUCUAUAACUAUAUCACUGAUCAUGCCAGCAUCUAUGGAAUGAAGCCACUCCGCAUGUCAAGAACAGCAAUGAGUAUGGAUGGAAGAAAGGGGACCCAGAAUACAGAAAUGCAUGAGUAUGCAUUAGUGGCACUCUGGAAUAGAUCUGGAUCGUAUAAAGACUCUGAAGGAAUCAGACACCACGAUGAGUUUGACGUAUCCCUAUUAGUGUGCCACAGCGCAGGACCUUUCGAAGAACAGCCUGAAACAGAGCGCAACAUGCUUCGGUUACGAUUCUACGUGAUAAUGACAAGCUGCAGGGAGCUCUUCCCGAGAUUAACUGCUGACAUGCGACGUUUUAAAAAAUUACCAAGAACUCGGAGGGAAUCUUUGGAGUUGCCGAGAGAUUCGCCAGUGUUGGGAAAAUCUGAUCCCGAACGGAGAGAGUUGGAUCCGGAUGGGUGGGACGAGACGACAGAUUCCAGCGAGUUUUACUCCCAUGGGAAACAAUUGAAGAUGGCUCCAGAGCUGUUCUAUUCCUCUCCACUCUUUCCUUUACUGACAUCGGAGGUAGAAAGUGCCCAGGAACAGAUUGCGGUGAUGGUCCAACAAGCAAAGUCUCACUGUCGCCGUGAUGUUCUCUGGCAGCGUCUCUUCCUGGGAGAGCAUCUGUCUUCAGACAAACACAAAAUGAGCAAACUGUCCUUUGCUGAACUGGAAGAGUUACUUGGUGCUGUGCAUAGCAAAUCCAUUUCGGAGAUUGACCCGCAGCUGGAUUGCUUCCUAUCGAUGAGUACCAGCUGGUAUCAGAGUUUGAUCAAGGUUUUACUCAACCGUUUCUCCCAUAGUUGUCGACACUUUGUAGAUGCAGAUAGAGGAAUCCAAUAUCUGGCCGUGUUGAAUCAGAAAUUUAUCGACUGUUUUGUUCUCAUCUUCCUUGAUUCACAGUCUGCAAAGACGAAUUUAAAGGUCGUAUUCAGAGAGCCACUUCCCGCCCAGCCACAGAACAGCGAGAGCCCCCUACCUCAGCUUGUAUCCAUGUACUACCACCUGGAGUCUGUUAUCAACACUGCUUGUUUCAACCUAUGGACUGGUAUGCUACAGUAACAGACUGCAAAUCCACCUGCUUUGACUUUGAGAGUGGUCUCCCCCUCUGCACCAAGCUCUGCGCACACACUGCUGUUAUUCCAUUGCUUGAUGCAAGAAAUUGUGGCACUGCAAGCUUCAUACAGAGAAGUAUUAAUUUUUUUAUAGUCCAUUCUAUUCAUCCACAUUUCAUUCAUUUGAACUUCAACGAUUUUAGGGAAUCCUUAAAGGGAUUUGUGGGCACCUCACAAUAGUGAGCCUGCUAGAUGUUUGUUUAUUAAUUUAUUUUAUGUAGUAAAUUUAUAGCAUAUAAUAGUUAAUAUAUGCCAUCACAUUUGUUUGGAGUUUCCUUUUGAAAUCUUUGUUCCCCUCCCUUUCUUCAUCAUGUUUAUUUCAUCGGUGUACAAUGACAGCUCAGGAAAGUUGAACAUCCAGAGGUUUUUUUUCGAAGCAUCGUUCAGACAGCAAGACAGCAUUGAGGCUUUAGGGCAAACUACAUGAAAGGUCUCGCCCUCCCCCAUCAACGUGAUGAACUGACAAAACUCAUCACAGUGUUAUGGACAGAUUUAAGCAACUAAGUGCAGUGAGAGUGUGUACCUGAGACUGCAAAAUUGUAAAUGAAAUGUCUGGGCUGUUAAACCUAAACCUUUUAAAGAUUUAGUUUUAUUAGCUGCCUGUAUUAUCUCAAACAUACAAACACUGUAACAUAAUUGAAUAUAUUUUUGUGAGAUUCGCAGGUAUCAUUUUAAAAUUCAGACUGAUUUUCACAUUUAAAAAAAAUCAAAAUCCUAAUUUCUUUGGAAUUACUGGCACCGGUGGCACCAGUUUCAUCCGUGCUCUGGUAGAGGUGUUGCUUUGAUCAUGAAAAUGAAGGUGCUAGUGCAUCUUGAAAUGUGAGCUUGGAAUAUUUCAGCGGUUUUAAAGCACAUUCCUUUGUAAAAUUUAAACAGUCAACUACAUUUAGUUGCUUUCUGCACAAUGUCACCGUGCUUACAGAUGAUUAAUAGUAAGUGAAAAUAUUUGAUGUACAUUAUGUAUAUAAAUGAAAAUGGCUGAAUUAUCACUGUAAAAUAAUAAAGUUAUAUUAAUCAUUUU